UGAUCUAGGUGUAUGCGGAUUUUGCUGGAUGGGAGACGAUUUUCCGGCGGUUUUUAUAUAAUUCACGAUCUGUUGAAUUGUUGCGGUCUUUUUAUCGGAUAUGGCUUAUUUGGCGAGGUGUCAGCUGUCCAGGGGACUUCCAGCUAUCUCCAAAAUUGUCAGCGGUAGCAAUUCAAGGUUUCUCGUGGGCCAGAAGAGCCUCCAAAAUGUAGUGAAAAAUUACACAUCACUCGUCAAUAAUGUCAGGAAAUCUGGAGUCACAGCCCUGAGGCCAUUCGCUGAAAAUUCUCAAAAGAUCGGACGGGCUUUAGUACCCUUCGCCAAUCAGCUGAGAGCCUCCAGCACUGGAGAUCAUGUGAAAUUAUGGCAGAUGGAGAGAGUCGUGGCUGCUGCCUUUAUAGUUCUUCUCCCUGGGAUUUUAAUAGUUCAGAAUGUCGUCCUUGAUGGGCUUUUCGCUGCUUUAUUGGUGAUGCAUGCUCAUUGGGGUCUCGAGGCAGUUAUCCUGGACUACGCAAGGCCAGCAGUGGUGGGACCAGUUCUCCCAAAAAUUCUAUUCGCUGCUCUGUACACCAUGUCAAUAGUGACACUCGCUGGACUCCUGGCAUUGGCCUACAAUGGGCCAGGAGUAGGUGGUGCAGUUAAAAAAUUUUGGGCAAUUGGUAAUAAGUAAACAUUAAUUGACAAAAUUGUCCCGCGUUACUUAAGAUUAAUA